UUUUUUUUUUUUUCUCUCUUUUUCUAUUUUUACUGAACAAGUGUUUAUAACGAUGGAAAACGACAACAAGGAUCCCAUUAUUGAUUGGAUAUUACAAUUAGAUACGGAAACAGGGCAAACAAACGGACCACUCUUUGCUUACUCAUCUCAAACAUUACCCCAACAACUAUCGACUUCUGUUCCCACACUGCUUAACCAGACUGAAGACCUAACGAAUUCCGACCUUUUUCAACUCUAUUUGGGGGACGAAGUGGAACAUGUUAUGGACAAAAAAGAAACCACAACAACUCGACCAAGUCAUAAUGAAAAACAACUACAACAAUCCAAACGACCUGUACAAUUAAUGGAAGGCGACCAACCAUUGACCCUGGCUCAUACCAAACGAACAAAAAAGGCAAAAUCUCAUGGGGCCGAACCUUUAUCCGGACGACUUGAUUUUCGACCAAGUAUGACUGAUCAAGUACCAGAAAGUCAGUUGAAGGCAAUGUCACCGAAGGAAAGACGACAACUACGCAACAAGAUAUCAGCUCGCAACUUCCGUAAUCGUCGAAAAGAAUAUAUAACGACUUUGGAAGAGGAAUUAGAUGAAUGCAAAUCAGAAAACAAACAACUACAGCAAGAAUUAACUACUCUUCGAAAUAAAGUGGGCAAAUUGGAAGAAGAAAAUAAACAAUUACGAUUGGAUUUGGUUUUAUAUGAAGAAGGUAUCAAUCCUGCAGCCAAGACAUCUCCCACCAAUUUACUUCAUCAAUUCGAUCACAAGACGUCUCCUACUCCAACUUCUCUUCCUGGAACGAGCUCUUCAAGCAAUUUAUCUUCAUUUGAAUUAUCUCCUGGUACUGUGCAUGCCUUAUCCUCUGAUUCUUCUUCUGCAUCACCACCAGAUCUUUUCCUUCAUGAUUACUCUUAUCAUCAUACAUCAUUGCUCACUCAAACACCAGAUAUUACACAACAACAACCACAACAAGAACAACAACAAGAAGUAUCUUCUGUGCCUACUAUUUGGACUAUGCCUAUCUCGGAAUCCAAUAUACACGACAUGUAUCUAUCACACGCUAUGAUGCCAGAUUGGGAUGUGAAUCAAGUAUUAUCAAAAUCAAACGAACAAUCACAACUUGUACCUUACAACAACAUUAAUGUCAAGGAUACUUUCCAACGUUACCCAUUACUUGCUCCAUCCUUGAUGUCCAUUGUCAUUGGUCACACCAUGUCAUUGUCCACAAAUGAUCUCCUUAAACUCAACUUGCCGUUAUCGACAAAAAACAACAACAACAAUAAUAAUGGGAAUAGUAACAAUCAUCCAUUUGAUCUCAAAGGCAUUUCUUCCCCUGGAUUAUCACCCCAUUCAUCUGUAUCUGAUAUCAACGAUAAGGACGUUUUGAAGAUCUGGGAACUACUACAGCCAUUUGUCAAUACAAGAAGAAACAGCAAAAUGAUCACACAAUAUGCAGAAGAAGAAGACCAUUUGGAUCAUGACAACGAUAAAAAUAUCGAUACCGAAAAUGAUGAUGAUAGUGAUGCAGAUGACGAUGACAACAACAACAACAACAAUAAUAACGAUUAUGAAUUGGAUGGAAAGUGUGCAGUGACAACUUUUGUCAACAGUCAAAUGGCUUGUUUCCAAAAAUACCUCAAGAUGUAUGUUUGUGCAUCAGUACAACAUGUUUUACGAUGUCGAUUAGAAGCGGAACAACAACAACAAGAAGGAACUACAAUGAUGGAAGAAGAACGUAUCACUGAACAACAAGACAUCACCACUGAAAGCAGUUCAUCAAGUACCUCACGACCUUGCAUGUACAUACCUCUAUGCAAACGAUUACAGCGAGCCAAGAAUAUGUUUAUACCGGUGUCAUAAGAUUAGUUUUCCCGUUUUGUGAUUAUUUCUCUUCUCUCUCUCACACACACACACAUGCAUUCUCUUCUUCUACUUUUUUUUUUUAUUUCUUACUUUAUAUUGUUUUAUAUAUUAUUUACCUUCAUUUCAUUCUUCAUUUUAAUUUAGUUCAAUUUUUUUUUUGUUUGAUUUUAUUUUUUAUCAGUGCCAAACGAAAUAAAGUAGGUGUCAUCCUUUUUUUUUUUUUU